AUAAAACAUAAUUAAAUAUGGGUUCCUAACCUUAAAAGUCUAGAUCUUCACAAGGCUUUACGUAUCAAUAAUAAAGGAUGUAAACGAAUUAAAUACCUUUAUAAAUACAAAUGCAAUACUAAUAACCAAUUUAACAAAUUAAUAAUAUUCCAUUGCAAUAUUCCUAAACAUUCUAAUACAAUCAUUAAUCAUCAUAUAUUUAUAAUUAAUCAAUGUAAUAAGCUCCUGCAUCACAUGUAAGAUCAUAUUCAUAUAUAUGAUAGAGAUCUACUAAUACAAACACUUAACCUUAAGUUUUGUUAAAUGAAGUCUGUAUUGAAAAAACUAAAUUAAUAGGAAAUGAUGAUCUAAAAAUUGAAUUUGUUGUAUUUGCUUUAACACCUUGCAAAAUUUAAGUAUUGUUUUAUAAUAAAUUAGUUAUUUGUUUAAGGUUAAGAAAUCUUUCAUCCUGUUAAUAAUGUUUUUAGUGAUAUAAGGGAUAAAGAGUUUUAUGAUGAAUUUCAAUUAACUGAACCUUAAACAAAAAAUGUUAAAAUUACUAGCAAAAUAACAGUUCCUAAAAGUCGUCUUAAAUAAAAAAAAACUAAUUUAGGCUAAGUUUAUUGGAAACUUAUAAUAAUAAUUUAAAAUUAAAAAAUGAUGAUGAUUUAUUAUUAUGAUUAUGAAGAUGAUUAAUUAAAAUUAGCUAGAUAAAAAUAUUAACAUGCAUAAUAAGGAGCAUAUGAAGUAUAAGAAAUUUAUGGAAUAAAUGAUACUAAUCUUGUUGGUUCUAUGAAACAUGAUGAGAAUGAUGGUGAUUGUAUUAUUUGUCUAAGUGAAAAAAUCGACACAAUUAUUAUGCCUUGUAGACAUAUGUGUUUAUGUGGCAAUUGUGCGAAAUAAAUAAUGGAAAAAAAAGAUCAAUUAAAGCGUUAACCUCCUGAUAGAUAAUUACAUGCUCCAGAUUUCAAUCUCUGUCCCCAAUGUAGAAUGGGUAAUUACAAUAUGUUAUUUUAGAAAUUGAUUCGUUCAUUAAAUUACAUAAAGUUUCUUGA